AUGGGAUAUUAUUUAGCAGAUGGUAUAUAUCCUGAGUGGGCUACAUUUGUCAAGACCAUUUCAAUGCCACAGGGAGAAAAGAAAAAAUUAUUUGCUCAACAUCAAGAAUCGGCUAGAAAAGAUGUGGAGCGGGCAUUUGGAGUGCUUCAAUCUCGAUUUGCAGUUAUACGUGGCCCAACGCGUGCUUGGCACAUGGACACCAUCAAGCAUACUAUAUAUGCCUGCAUCAUAUUGCACAACAUGAUUGUGGAAGACGAACACCAUACAUAUGGAGGUAAUUUUGAUUAUUCUUAUGAUAAUGUGGAUAUCAACAACUCAACAACUGAAACAUUUAGCGGUCCUCAUCCGAAUCUUGCAACAAGACUACAAAGAAGAGCAAGUAUUCGUGAACAACAAGUCCAUCGUCAACUUCAAGGAGAUCUAGUCGAGUAUAUUUGGGAACAUUUUGGACAUGAAGAUGAUGACAUUUAA